AUGGAUACAGGACUUUCGUGUAUGACACUGUGGCCGGUGGCAACUUUCAUCUUUAUCUUCGUCAUUAACAGAUAUAUGCACAAGCUACGCUUGAGUCCAAGGACAUACAAGGAUAAAUUUGUACUAAUCACAGGCUGUGAUUCAGGAUUUGGUAAGAUCACUGCUAAGAAGUUACAUGAGAUGGGAUUCAAUGUGUUUGCAGCCUGCUUGACUGAGAAAGGAGUGCAGGAACUUGCAGGACUAUCUCAACAGAAAGGCAGGCUGCUCCCAUUUCUGAUGGAUGUUUCCAAAACAGAGAGUAUACAGCAAGGAUAUGAGUUUGUAUCUCAACAUAUCCCAAAGGGAAAAGGUCUUUGGGGUCUAGUGAACAAUGCAGGUAUCAGUGGAGGUUUUGGCCCACCCGAAUUCUUCACCAGGGCCACCUACCAGGGCGCGCUGGACGUCAAUACCCUGGGGAUGAUAGAUGUGACCCUGAGGUUUCUACCCCUACUUAAACAAGCCAAGGGGAGGCUGGUUAAUAUGUGUAGUGUAAUGGGGCGUGUUUGUUUGCCGCUGUGUACGCCUUAUGCUGUUUCCAAGUUUGCUGUUGAGGCGUUCUCAGAUGGGAUGAGGAAGCACCUCAAAAUCUGGGGCGUCAGCGUCCAUGUAAUUGAACCAGGCUUCUUUACCACCAAUCUCAGCGACCCUGCCAGACUUUCGGGCGAGUUUGAUAAGAUCUACGACAAUGCUCCACCGCCAGCCAGGGAGGAAUAUGGCGAUAUUUAUGUACAAGAAGUAAAAGAAGUCAUUGUUAAAGACAUGGAGCGGUCUUCCAGUCCGGAUAUUCACUUGGUCCGGGACGCCUAUAUAACAGCUUUGACUGCGAGGUUUCCAUACACUCGGUAUCAUGUUGGAACGGACGCUCACAUCUUCUUAUUUUUCCUAUCUUUUUUACCUGGCGCGUGGGAAGAUUGGUUACAUUCUUUUUUCAAUACUAUUGUGCUUCCUGGUGCUUUAAGGUAAAAAGACAAAUGAUUCGAAAGUUGGUGAUAAAUACCCACCUUUCUAAAGCGAACUGUUACA